CACCGCUCUUCUAUUCUAUCCACUCCGCUCGCGCUCGUCUCGGCGCGCAGCAGCCGGCGAGCGAUGAUGCUGCUACGGCCGCGCUUCUCCUCCUCCCCCUCCCCCUCCCCCCGUCGCUCCCCGCCUCCCGCGCCCUCCGGGGUCUCCUCCUCGUACCCCGCCCUUCGCUCGUCCGGCCACCGCCGCCGCCGCAGGCCCCGCACCCGGCCCGCGUCGCCGCCGCCGCCGGCGGACCUCCGCCGCCUCACCUCCCGCAUCGUCGACCUCACCCGCCGCAGGCAGCUCUCCCAGAUCAUGGAGGAGGUGGACGCGGCCAGGCGGCGCACGCGCGAGGGCGGCGGCGGCGCGGGGGCGGGGCUCAACACCAUCGUGAUGAACGCCGUGCUCGAGGCCUGCGUCCGCUGCGGCGACGUCGACCUCGCGCUCCGGCUGUUCGACGAAAUGCGCCGUCCCGGGGGAUGCGGCGUCGACGGCGUCUCCUACGGCGUCCUUCUCAAGGUACGCCCCUACGGGGGUCUGGGGAUAGCGAGAAGGAUAGAUGACGCAUUUGAGAUUCUGGAAUCAAUUGAGAAAGAUACUUCUACUGGGAGUCCUCGGCUUUCUCCUCAUCUUCUUUGUGGUUUCCUAAAUGCGCUUAUUGAAGCUGGAGAUAUGCGGCGUGCCAAUGCUCUUGUAGCCCGUUUUCGCGAAGUCCUAUACAAAGGCCACUCUGUCUUACUAUACAACUUGCUUAUGAAGGGAUACAUAAAAAGCAACUUCCCUCUUGGAGCUCUGACUGUUAAAGAUGAGAUAUUACGUCAAGGAUUAAAGCCUGAUAGAUUGACCUACAACACCAUAAUUUCUGCCUGUGUAACAUCAGCAGAAAUUGAUAUGGCUAUCCGAUUUCUGGAAGAUAUGAAGGAAGAAGCUAAUAGGGAUAAUAAUCCUGAACUCCUUCCAGAUGCUGUUACCUACACAACAUUACUUAAGGGCUUAGGAAAUAGCCGAGACCUUUAUUCAGUUUUGAAGAUUGUGGUGGAGAUGAAAUCUUCACGUAUUUUUAUUGACAGGACAGCAUACACUGCAAUGAUAGAUGCCUUGCUAGCCUGUGGGUCUAUUAAUGGGGCUCUUUGCAUUUUUGGGGAGAUAAUAAAGCAGGCUGGCAACAACAAAGACUUGAGGCCCAAACCUCAUCUUUAUCUUUCAAUUAUGAGAGCUUUUGCUACUAUAGGCGAUUUAGAUAUGGUCAAGAGACUGAACAAACGCAUGUGGCCAGAUUCAGUUGGAUCCAUUAGCCGCUCAGUAAAAGAAGAGGCAGAUGAACUAUUAAUGGAAGCUGCUUUCAAUAAUAAUCAGAUUGACAUGGCUAGAGGACUUCUAAGAAGGAUAGUGAAUGCAAAGGAAUGGUUCUCUUGGACAAGUAGAGUAGGCAUGGUGGCAGUUAAAGUUGAAACCAUGUCUGGAUUCACCAACUCUGUGCUUAGACCCCAUGUUUUUCCACAGGUUGUCUUGAAUGAUCCUGUUGAAAAGUAUAUGAUUUCGUUUCAAGAAACCCAGCCGUUACAUGCUGACUUAAUCCUGGAGGAAGUUGCCAUGCGAUUCUUCAAGGAUACCACUGUUCCUAUUGUUGAUGACUGGGGAAGCUGCGUUGGUGUUGUUCACCGACAGGAUUGUACGAAGAUUGAUGCGCCUCUUAUUUCAAUGUCGAGAGGACCACCGCUGUGUGUUCCCACGUCAACCUCCAUCGAGCACGUCAUAGAUCUCCUCCUCAGAGAGAAAUCUGAAAUGGUGGUUGUGGUGAAAAGAGGCAACAUGUACGAAGGCAGCUACGCAUCGAGCUCACGCCCGCUGGGCGUUUUCUCCCUCACAAUCUUGUGGAAGUUCACUGCUGACGAGUCAGACAUCGAUGGCAUGGGCGGCGCAGCGUGCCAGCUCCAAGAGGAUGUGGAAGGCAGCAAUUGUGGCUAAAGUGCACUGCUAGUUUUCUGUGACUCCACAUCUGUAAUUGGCUGGGUGAAAAGGCUUGGCCAGUGAGCAGUUUUUGUUCAGGCCAAUGAAAUGGUUCUGCUCUGUCCAAUGAAAUGUCUCUGCUCUGCCCAUAAAAGCCCAUUGGAGCAUAUAGCAGAAAGCAUUGUCAUCGACGAUCUCCUAUAUAUAGCGGGUGAUUCUGACCCCAUGGCAGGUGCAAUUUGAUGCCGCACGUCAAGAGUGGGCCGCGGAGUUCCGUGGACCCGAAAUUGUGAACCAAUGGCAGAGGCCAGUUUAGGAACCAAGAUGCUGUCCAGGCCAGGUGGCCAUGGUCCUAGCUUUGCUCUGCUCCCAUCCCGGUGUGUAGUCCCAUGUCCUGGAACCAAUGGCGGAAGGCCUCACCUGCCGCCGUCGUCCUCCUCAACCCCCACAGACGCAGGGGGGGACCGCCAAUUUUGCAUUGCAACCAGCGAGCAAGGUGACCGGCCUGCAACUUAUCGUUGACAGAUGCAGCUUUGUUGUACUACGUAGGAGGAGUAUCCUUUACUACUCGAGCCAGUGCUUCCCUGCAACUGUGGCUGGUCGGGGUUUGAUGCACGAAUGCCCAGGCGGAGGCGGGCGCGGGCGCGGCUCGUUUCCGGUCUACGUCGAUCUCUCGCUGGGCUGGAUACCACCAUACCAUGAGAUGGUGCGUGGCCGUGGGAGCAACGACGGGUGGACGCACUGGCUGGCAUUGGCGCAUAGCACUGGACCGGACCCCUUUUGCUUGCAUGCAUGCAUGAUGAGCGGGUCGGACGUAUGGCAAGAGGGCGGUGCUUUUCUGUAUGCAUGCCACGGCCCGAGGAUGCACGGAGCGCUGUCCCACGCAUGCAGCGACGCCAGGACUUUUUAUCUUAUCUAACUUCAUUAAUUGAUUGAUGUAUAUAAUUAUAUCUAUAUACAUUAGCAUCUAUAUGAAUAUAAACAAGACUAAAAAGUCUUACAUUGUGAAA